GCCCGUUUGGGAAUUUCUUUCUUUUUCUCCAAGUGACUGACUACUGUUGUUUCACGGCUACUGUUUUUCAUCUCAUCACAGAAACACUGUAUCUUCCUGGAGUAUGGAAUUUGUAUGGAAAAGAAGGUGGUAUCUUCAGCUGGGCUGUAUAUUGAUAAUGAAUUUGGUUUAUGCUGAUCUAGACUAUCAGAAAGAAACUCCUCCAAGCCUGGGUCAGAUUGACCAUCAGUGCUGGGAGGUGUCAUCCCAUGGGCUGGUGGAAAUGAAGAAACUCAAGGUAGAAGAUACGGUCAUUGCUCUCUGGGACUUCAUGAUGUUCCUAAAGGAAUCCCCUAAGCCCAAGCACAAUGAACUCUUCAAUGAUUUAGCCCAGAUCUUCUGGGAUAUGUAUGUAGACUGUGUGCUCUCAAGAUCCCAUGGAAUGGGCAGAAGACAAUUAAUAUCUCCCAAAUAUUCUUCCACAUACUCACAUAGAACUUUAGAAGGUAACUACAGGAUGUGGUGUUAG